CCGCGCCACUCUAACCAGCGUGUUUUUCAUCGCUCAUUACAUUGAAACCUCUGCCAGAGCUCCUACAGCGACGCAGUCGUUACAACCUCACUUUCACUUUUCUGUGGGCAGUUUUUGAGGCAUAUCAAGAUAUGGAUAUGGACAGUGCCAGUUCAGUGGUGCUGCAGGCCUUGACUCAAGCGACCAGUCAGGACACAGCUGUGCUGAAGCCUGCAGAGGAGCAGCUCCGACAGUGGGAGACACAGCCAGGCUUCUAUUCAGUCCUUCUGAAUAUUUUCAAUAAUCACACGUUGGAUGUGAACGUGAGAUGGCUCGCUGUGCUGUACUUCAAAAAUGGCAUUGACAGAUACUGGAGGAGGGUGGCCCCUCAUGCAUUAUCAGAGGAGGAGAAGACAUCACUGCGUGCUGGUCUUAUCACAAACUUCAAUGAGCCUGUCAAUCAGAUAGCAACCCAGAUCGCGGUACUGAUAGCCAAGGUGGCCAGGCUUGAUUGCCCCAGGCAAUGGCCAGAGCUUAUUCCAAUUCUGCUCGAAUCCGUGAAGGGACAAGAUGGCCUGUUGCAGCACAGAGCUUUGCUAACCUUCUAUCAUGUCACCAAAACACUGGCUUCCAAACGGCUGGCCCAGGAUAGACGUCUUUUUCAGGAUCUGGCAUCUGGCAUAUACAGCUUUGCGUGUUCCCUGUGGAGUCAUCACACGGAUUGCUUCUUGCAGCAGGUCUGUGCUAGAGAUGAGGCUGCAGCGCUCAACUCUUUGGAGAGGACUCUGCUGUCUCUUAAAGUGCUGCGCAAAUUGACAGUCCACGGAUUCCAAGAUCCCCAACAGAAUAUGGAAGUAAUGGGUUUCCUGAAUGCAGUGUUUGAAAGGCUAAAACAGUUCUUGGAAUGCUGUCGGCAAGUCGGUUCAGAGAGCCCAUGCAGGGAAAAACUGGAAAAGACAAUUAUUCUGUACACUAAAGUUUUGUUGGAUUUCCUGGAGUACCAUCCGUGUGCGUUCAUUCCCCUAAUCCAGCGCUCCCUGGAGUUUGCUGUCACCUAUGUCUUCACACCUGCUGGAGAGGGAGUGACCUUCGAACGCUUCAUUGUUCAGUGCAUGAACCUCAUCAAGCUGAUCGUAAAGAAUGACACAUACAAACCUGCCAAGAACAUUGAUGAGAGUAAACCUGAAAGUCUAGAGGCUCAUAAGAUCAAGACAGCCUUCUUCACUCACCCCACACUGACGGAAAUUGGGCGCCGGCUUGUUUCACACUACUUCCUCCUCACAGAAGAAGAACUGGCCAUGUGGGAGGAGGACCCUGAGAGCUUUGCUGUUGAGGAAACUGGUGGUGACUCUUGGAAGUACAGUCUAAGGCCUUGCACAGAGGUGUUGUUCCUGGACAUCUUCCACAACUACAGUCAGACCCUGACACCAGUUCUCCUGGAUAUGGUUCAAAAUCUGCAGGGUCCAACCAAUGUGGAGGAUCCUGUUCAGUUGCUAAUGAAGGAUGCAGUUUACAAUGCUGUGGGGUUGGCAGCAUAUGAACUGUUUGACAAUGUGGACUUUGACCAGUGGUUCAAGAAUCAGCUGCUUGGAGAGCUGCAAGUCAGCCAUCACAGGUACAAGCUGAUCCGAAGACGAGUCAUCUGGCUAAUAGGGCAAUGGAUCUCCGUCAAAUUUAAAUCAGAUCUUCGGCCUUUGCUCUAUGAGGUGAUCCUAAGCCUCAUGCAGGAUCCUGACCUGGUGGUGCGGAUUGAAACGGCUACAACACUAAAGCUGACUGUUGAUGACUUUGAGUUCCGGACAGAACAAUUCCUUCCAUACCUGGAGUCCAUCUUUGGGCUGCUCUUCCAGCUGCUGCAGCAGGUGACAGAGUGUGACACUAAGAUGCAGGUGCUCCAUGUUAUCUCCUGCGUCAUCGAGAGAGUGAACACCCAGAUCCGACCAUACGUAGGCUGUUUGGUUCAGUACCUGCCCCUGCUCUGGAAACAGUCUGAAGAACACAACAUGCUCCGAUGUGCCAUACUCACUACACUCAUCCACCUUGUGCAGGGCCUUGGGGCAGAGAGUAAGAACCUUUACCCUUUCCUUCUUCCUGUUAUCCAGCUGAGUACCGACGUUUCUCAACCACCACACGUCUACUUGCUUGAGGAUGGACUGGAGCUUUGGUUGGUGACUUUGGAGAACAGCCCAGCUAUCACUCCAGAGCUGCUCAGAAUCUUCCAGAACAUGUCAGCUCUGCUGGAGCUGAGCUCCGAGAAUCUCCGUACCUGUUUUCAGAUUAUCAAUGCCUACCUAUACUUGUCUGCCACAGAGUUCCUACAGAAUUACGGCGAAUCGUUGUGCAGAUCAUUUUGUGAUCUUCUAAAGGACAUUACAAAUGAGGGACAAGUCCAAGUACUAAAGGUGGUUGAAAUAGCUUUAAAGGUUAGUCCCAUACUGGGAGCCCACAUGUUUCAGCCCCUGUUGCCAGCUGUCUUUAGAGGUAUCGUUGACGGGGAGCGUUAUCCAGUGGUGAUGUCCACAUACCUUGGCAUCAUGGGUCGUGUUCUACUCCAGAACUUCAGCUUCUUUUCCUCGCUGCUCUCACAAAUGGCUUCUGAAUGCAACCAGGAGAUAGACCAUUUGUUGGGAAGUAUGAUUGAGAUGUGGGUGGACCGCAUGGACAACAUAACCCAGCCUGAGAGGAGGAAAUUAUCAUCGUUGGCUCUCCUUUCUCUUCUACCUUCUGACAACAGUGUGAUCCAGGACAAAUUCUGUGGCAUCAUUAACAUUUCUGUGGAAGCAUUGCAUGAUGUGAUGACGGAGGAUCCAGAAACAGCGACAUUUAAAGACUGCAUGUUGAUGAUCCAUUUUGAAGAGCCCAAGCUAAGUGACGAAGAGGAGCCACCAACUGAGCAAGAUAAGAGGAAGAAACUUUUGGCCCUGGAGGACCCUGUCCACAGCGUGUCUCUUCAGCAGUUUGUCUAUGAAAAACUGAAGGCACAACAAGCUAUGAUGGGGGACCAGAACUUCGGGGUCCUAAUGGAGACUGUGGACACAGAGCUGGUCAGGCAGCUCCAGGAAUUCCUGCAAGCCCUCUGAACAUAGCAGUCCUGCACUUCCUUAUACAAAUUAUUCUCUACCACCAUUUGAAAGAAACAAAAAUGGCUAACGAUCUAUCUGUUGUGUUUGAACUUCCAACUCAGACCUUCCCAACGUCUACCCAGACUAUGCCUUAUCUAUAUUCAAUCCUAGCCUUGUCCAGCACUCUUUGUCCCCUUCGAUGUGAUGUGUGGGUGCCUACAAAUGUUUCAAGACUUUCAAAACACCCACAUGUAGAUAUCAUACCAGAGCUUCCAUUCAAUUCUUCUAGUUUCUUAACUUCAGAAAGGUUUGACUUGAGACAGGUUAAAAGGUAUGAUUGAUUGAUAAUGGAGAAAUAUAUAAAAAUCAGCUACAGGAGCCAAACUAGAAGCCUUGGACUGUUUUCCAAAGGAGGAUAAAAAAAUAUUCAGAUUGUAAAACAAAUGUGUAUUGAAAAAAAGGAAUAAUAACCCGAAGGAUCUUAAACAGUGUUUACAGAAUUUAUUCUUAAAGGACAAAAAAAGAAAUGUAAUUUUGUAUGUGUAUGAAUGAUGAUUUCUAAUUUUGUCAUAAGAGGUCAGCUUGAAGUUACUACUGAGUGAUUGUUUUUAUUUUCUUUUUUUUUUUUUUUCAUAAGUGCGCUGAACCAUAUUUUAUGUAUAUACUAACUGCUGCUAAUAGAUGGUGUUUCAGAACACUUCGGUCACCAAAAACUUCUUUACAGUUCUUUUUUUCAUGUUCACCAUUUCGAUUCUUGAUUUCAUCAAUUAUGGAGCAUUUUAUUUCAUUUUGGCAGAUCAAAGAUUUACUCAGUUUCAUUUGAGAGAGCUUAAUUAUAAAUUACAGCUUGAAAUGUUGUUUUAUUGUAAAUUAGAAGUUAUGGAAGGGAAACUCAGAUCUGAUAAAGAAAGAACCUCUGUUCAUGUUAUAAAUUUGAUUUAAAAUUUAUUGUGCAAAAAAGUUCCUUCAUUACUUUAGUUUGAUAGGCCUCAUAGGUACAGUAAGAUGUGAGACAGUAGCUCCUUUGAUACUGUGUCAGAUUUGCAGCCUUGUGCUUUCAGACCUGCCUUCCAUUGAAACCUGGAAGCCCAUUUUUUAGUUAUCUGUAGUUUCAGCCAGUUUAGUAGUAGAGAAUGUUGUUACUUUUUACAUUUUUUAGUGGGUUUAGCUUUGAACACCACACACAAAGUAGACUAUGAUACUGUUUUUUUUUAUUUUUUUGUGGGAAAUAAUACCUGUUUUUCUUCUCUAGCCUUUAAUAAAAUGUAAGUAAUUAGCCAGAGCAGCUGUCGCCUUCUUGUACCCAUCUGUGUAGCUGGAAAACACCAACCCUGCUGGUGGUCAUUCAAACUGCUAUUGUUUUACAAUCUGUUUGAUUUUAAGUUUCAAAUAGCAGAGUAAUCCCAGGUCCUAAAAGAGUUACAACAAAUUAUACAAAUUAUUUAAAGUACUUUGGGUCAGGACUGGAAUUGUCAAACAAUAGUUGUAUGCAUAACAUAGCAAUGCUGUAUGACUUUGGGCUUUUUUAUGCAUUUGGUAAACAUUGAAAGAUAAGUCUAUUCACUUGUCAAUCAAGCGAUUUAAGGAAGAACUGGUAACUUAUAUUUGAUGUUGAUGACGAGCAGCGUUGAAUUGGUGAGUUCCGGCAAACCAUUUAAUGAUAUCUAGGCGAAGAUAAAUAUGUUUGUGAAAGUUCAUCUGAAUAUAUAUUUUUUUUUUAUAUAUAAAAAUUUAUUUGGGUGAGACUUUGCUAGAAAAGGAUAUUUGUAGCAUACCAAAACAACAAACUGGAAUAAUUAGGAAAAUAGCAUCAGAAAUUCUAGGAAAACGGAGCAAAGCUCAACUACAUCCGUGCUGCUGGCUCAUUAUUAUCACGGUGCUCUCGGCUGAAAGAACUCAAUAAACAAGGAAACAACAUUAUGGAAUAUUGUGUUGUUUACUGUCUGGAUGUUGAAUUCUUAAGGGUUGGAAAGCUAGACAAAAAGUAGUGAUUAUAGUGCAGUUCUCAGAAGUAAUCUCAAACUGCAUCUCCCAGGGAGCAUUAUUGAAUCUGUUUAUGAAAAGGUAGGUAUUACAACUACCGUAGUAUGAAAUGCUCUGCCACAAAAACACAAGUAGCAGAGUGGGGUUCUUAAAGUAACUUUAUAUGAGAUAGCAAGUGGUAUAUUUUUUAAUAACAGCUGUACAGCAAAUGUAGUGAAAAACGGCUAGAUAAUAGGAGUAUGCAUACUUUCACCAAAACGCAGUUUUAAAGGAAAGCCCUCAUUUGCUAUUUCUGCAUCAUAUGCAUUUGGAUUGGUUAUCUCUUUAGGCGGUAAGACAUAACUGCCUGGAUCAAUGUGUAGUAGGGGAGGUUAAAGAGAAUCAUUUGGCUUUAGGAUCUCUUUGAUGGCUGAGUGACUUGACAGGUUCCACUGAAGAUUGUGAAGCAUUUUGUUAAAGUCUGAUAAAAUCCCUUCUAAGAAUUGCCUCUAACAUCCAAUCAUCCUUCCAACCAUUGUCUUUGCUUGCUUGUCGUUAAUGGGUGGGGGGGGACUGGCUGAGAAGUGGACACACCCUGGACAGGUCGCCUCUCCAACUAAUAUAAGGAUGGAUAAGAUCAGAGAGUGAGAGCUGUGCAAAAACGAUCUAGAGAUAAGUAAGAAUUUCUAGUUAAGUGUAUUUACCCUUGAUUUGAGUAGGUAAAUAAGAUGAUAUGCCAAUGGAAUCAAUAUUUUCACUCUUAGAAUGAGAUAAUUAGAUAAUAUACAUUUGAAAUAAAACAAUGCAAGUGUUUCUUAUUUUAAAUGUAAAAUGUCUUUGUCUAUUUGCAAAGUUAGACUUGGAUUUAGACAAACUUUGUCAUCUUGCAGUGUAGAGGUGCCACCUUAUGUCAAUUUAUCUAUGAUGAUCCUUUAGUCAUGUUUGAUGCUACUGUGGAUGGUGGCAAAGCUUUAGAAGAUGUUGAGAAUUAUGUUCUUUCAAAUGUAGUUGUCUAAUCUAAUGUAUUUUGUUGCCUUGAUUUUUUUUCCUCUCAUUUAUUUCUAGCCAUGCUUGUCACUGGUAGAAGUUAUACUAUGUAGUGGCACAAAUAAAUCACCUUAAAUAACUUCUCCUUGUUGAAAAUAAUGAUCUUUCUCUUCUUGCUUUUUCCUCACUGGUGGUGAAUGGAUUGAUGCAUUGGCAUUGACUGUACAGUGCGUUCAGACAGGGUUACUCCAAUGAGUCUGGCAUCAAUUCUUUACACUAGUGACAACUCAUAGUUUGCAUGCAAAUGACGCCUGACAAUAUGUUAUUUCAGUUUUCAAAUGAUCAGGCAUGGCUUCUUUUUCCUCUACCUUAUAAUCUAAAGUUCUUAAGACUAGUCAGAGCUACACUCUAAUUUUCCCCCAAGACUCUAAUAUAGUUUUUUUUAUUCAAAGGUGCCCAAAAGGUUUGUCUGAAAUUAAUGCUAAUCUCUUCCUCCCGUGCUUCCUGCUUCUACAGCAAAUAUCCUAGAGUUUUCAUGGCCAUGCUGUCAUUUAUCUAAAGAGAGUUUGAUUGUAAUUUGCAUCAAAGUCUAACUAGUACUUAGAAAGGAGCUAUAAAUCAGUCACGCAUGAACUGCUCUAAAAGUUAUCGUUUAGAACAGCGGUAUAUAAUUCCAGUCCAAGAAUGCCAGUAUCCUGCAUGUUUAAGAUUUGUCCUUGCUUCUGUUUGAUGGCUCAUUAACAGACUUUUGAUAAGCUGCAAUUAUUUGAAGCAGGGGAACAUCUAAAACAUGUGGACAUCCUUGGUUUAGAGGUAUAGAGUUAAGACUGGAAGGGCAGCAACAUGUAUGGAUUAAACAAUGUUUUAUACAUUGAUGUAUCUUUAUUGAAGCAUGUAUUUGAUAUUUAAAAUGUUAAAAAAACUGAAUAUUUCUAACUUUCCCUUUCAUGUUUCUCUCCCAUUCCCUUCAAUGUUCUUCUAAGGCAAAAUAGAAAAGCCAUAUUGCUCUCUUGAUACUCUUUCUCUGUGGAAAAUCUCUAAAUGCUGUACCACACCGUAAUAUUUGCUGAGGUUGCAGCUAUUUGACUUUCCUUUAAAUGGUUUCCUGUGUGGUUCUGCCGCUCAGUUCUGUAACUUCAGGGUCUGCAAAGUUAAUAAAAAAACACUUUACUUCCCAGACAUCUGCCCUUAUAAGAUUACCUACAAACAGUUUUUUUCUUUCCAAGGAACCAGAACUCAAAGGUACCAGUGGCCACCAUCGACCCAUUUUUCUUAAUUGGUUUAGAAUCAAUGUACUUCAGACUAGCGGUCACUUUAGCAGCUUAUAGAGCGUGAAGAGACUAUUAAGGAUUCUCCUCUCCGCUUCUCAACCUGCUGUUUCUUCCUCACCAGUGCUAUUAAUCCACUGGAUUCUCAUUCAUCUUUCCACAGGUGCACUAUCAGCACAGCUUAGCACUAAUUGUUCCCUGUAGUGCAUAACAAAGACGAGCAAUAAAAUUAGUUCUAAUCAAUGAUUUGCGUUCUUUAUUUCAUUACCUUCUGCUAAGAUUACAUAAUUAAGUAGCGUCAUGUUGCUCUGUCCCAAACUUGG